UAAACUGGUUCCUGACAUCUUAGCAUUCCUGACACAACAAUAGCUCUGUUGGCACCAGGCAGUGUAGCCACAGAUGCUGCACGGUGGUGGGAGGGUGAGUGUCCUCUCAGAAGGUGGGCCCAGAGCUGUCCUGCUUCCCAAUGGCUGCUCCAAAGGGCUCCUACAAUUGCUGCAAUCAGCCACGGCGGACUCUAAGAACUCACCUGAUCCUUGCCAAGGUGCUUACAGUAUGGAUCACUACUCUUUUUCUUCUUGAUGCAGCCAAAGGAAAGGAAGUGUGCUAUGACAGGCUUGGGUGCUUUACUGACAAUCCCCCUUGGUCUGGGAUCCCCGGCAGAGAGCUAGCAGGUGUGCCCAGCUCUCCGGCAGCUGUGAACACUAAUUUCCACCUUUACACUAGGAACAACAUCUGGAACUCCCAAAAAAUUUCUGCUUCAAAUCCCUCAACUAUCAAAACUUCGAACUUUCGAGCAUACAGGAAAACUCGCUUCAUUAUACACGGCCACCUUGCUGGAGCAGACCUGCCCUGGAUAGCAAGCAUGUGCAGAUUCAUGCUUUAUGUUGAAGAUGUGAACUGCAUUCUGACUGACUGGAGAGGUGGUUCCAGUGGUUUGUACACGGACGCAGUCAACAAUGUCCGCAUUGUGGGGGCUGAGCUGGUCUAUCUUGUGAACUUGCUUGAGAAAGACUAUGGAUACUCUCCUGCCAAUAUUCAUUUCAUUGGUCACAGUCUUGGAGCACAUGCUGCAGGGGAGGCAGGAAGACGAAAACCUGGCAUUGGAAGAAUAACAGGUUUGGAUCCAGCUGGACCUCUUUUCCAGUACACUCCCCCAGUGGUUAGGCUGGAUCCUUCAGAUGCAAAAUUUGUUGAUAUAAUUCACACUCAUGCUGGUCAUCUCUUCUUUGACUUUGCUCCUGGGAUUCUUCAGACUUGUGGCCACCUGGAUUUUUACCCAAAUGGUGGGAAGAAAAUGCCAGGAUGCAGGCAGCUUCGUGUACCUCCAGCAGUUCGGAACAUCAACGACCUUAUGAGAACAUAUAGAUCUCUUGGAUGUGGACAUAAAAGAAGCCUCCAGUAUUAUGCUGAAAGUAUUAUCACUCCAAAUGGGUUUGUUGGCUACCAGUGUGAAACGUACCGAGCUUUUAUAUCGGGAGCCUGCUUCCCAUGCCGGAAGGGAGGAUGCCCACUGAUGGGUCAUUAUGCUGAUGUGUUUUCUCACAAAACUGAAAAGGAACAGCAAAAGGUUUAUUUAAACACAGGACCCCACCCUCCAUUUGCUCGCUGGCGAAAAGAGAUACGUGUCAGACUAUCUGCAACAGAAACCAUGAAGGGAAAUAUAGAUGUAGCCUUGACUGGGACUAAUGGGAUCAGGAGAAAAUACACAAUUGACAAGGGAACUUUCAAGCCAGGCAACACAUACUUGAACUAUAUUGAUACAGACAUUUCAGGGAACAUUUCAAAAGUUGAGUUUCGCUGGAAUAAGCAUCUAGGUCAUGUACACCAAGGCUGUAUGGGAGCAGAAGAAGUCAUAAUAAUAUCUGGGGGAGAUGGAAAUGUCUGCGUUCUGUGGCCAUGGAUCCGUGCAGCCGAGCACAUGGCAGACCCUGAUGCUUUGCUAGGGCUGGGGGAGAAACGCCACAGCUCUGGCUAUGGAAAACCAUAUUGCUUCAGCCAGACUAUUGGUGAAGCUCCUCCAGCACAGAUGGAAAAUUUACACUGCCCAAUACAAAAUCUCUAUUUCAAAAUCAGUGCUGUCUGCUUGUAUCCAAACAGGGGAGCUACACCAGCCUCCCCUGAAGAACAGCAUUUUAGCAACACAUCCAAAAGACUGCUUAGGAGCUGGGACUGUGUACGAAGUUGCACAGUACAUCCUGGGAAACUCAAGCAUCACAGAUUGCCACCUGUCAAGUAGGACAGCUGAACGCACAUUCAAAAAAAGACAUUUGAUGGUUGCCAUUUUCAGUCACCUGCUCUACUGAGCUCUGCUGAACACUGGAUGAGCUGGGGCUCUUUCUUUGUACCUGGAAUGGGUACCUUCUUUAUGUGCUACUAAUAAUGUACUAUUGAGGAUAUUAAAUUUUCUGGCAGCCUUCAAAGUAACAGGUUUCUUUUUACCAAUGAAGCUGAAUUUUCCAGCUGUACUUCACCCUUCAAAAGGGCAAAGACCUUUAAGACCUCCCAUGGUUUUAGGGAAAUUAUAUUAGAAAAAUAUUUAGGAUCAUAGUUAUUCUCCCUGUGUAGGGAACAUACCAUAUUCUUUUCUGAGAUACAAAACUUCCCCACGUUGGAAUUCUGAUGAUGCUGAAGUUAAGCCUGAGCUGCAGUGUUUGCAUUACUAUAACACUGCCCUCCCAAACUUGAGAACAUUUUUAUUAUAUUGUCUAACAAAUCAGACUACCAAGACUAUAUUUUGUUUCAAUAUAAGCUUCCCACAAAAUUCCUUUUGGAUUUUGUUACCCACUGUGAUUUAGGAAAUACAUCUAAUUCUUAAACUUCGUAAUAGGUUUGUCAUUUGGGCACAGAAAUCCUAUGUGAGAAUCAUGUUGGGCAACACUGCUCUGCCCCAUCCCAACAACUGGCUAUUCCAGAAUAGUUCCACUGAGGUUCACCAGGAGGUGUUAACGACAUGAGUUACACAAGGCUAAACAUGAGUGAUAAACAGGUGUGCUUUAAAUUAAGCAGCAAUAAUUCUGAGAUAACAGACUCCAGUCAUCUCUUCUGAGACUUGCUUAGGAGGUUUGUGGCAAAGUUCACAAAUAUCUGCCCACCUUCUCAGGUUCCCUGCCUCGGUACACUCACCAUCUCCACCCAUAAGGUGAAUAGGAUCCAGAAUGAUCCAUGCAGCGAGCUCAUUCUCCUCCUCCCGUUAGGCAAACUACCCAGGCGAAAUCCCCUUCUGCUCUGUGUGGGGACUCUCCUUCUUUGCACUUCCCUGGAGAAGUACAAAACAACCCUGCAGGUACUUGUGCAUAGCUGGGAAAUAGCUGUUAUCAAUAAUUACACCAUCUUGGGCACCUGUCAUAAAUCAGGCAUGGCUCUCUGCCCAAGUUUCACAAACAAAGCAGAGGGAGGGAGGGGGAAAGGAAUAUUUAUUCUCCCUUUCUUACACUCAGGACCUUAAGCAAACAAAAUGUAAUAUUUUUCCUGAGGUCACAAAAAGUGUGUGCAGCAGGGCCAGAAGCCAUGCAGGAUCACCUUGUUUAAUGAAGGCCAUGGCCUCUUACAAGAAGGAGAUAACAUCCUGUUGAAUUCAGGAGUUUUUGAAA